AUGGCUUCGGAUGAGUUGCUUCAGCGCCUGGAAGGCAUCGAGAUGUUGCUUGGAGAGCACGCCGAGGCGCUGAGGAUACUGCAGCAGGAGAAGCAGUCGCAGCAUCGUGGAGAUUUAUCAGCAUCUAUGACGCCACACCUGUUGCCCGACUUUUAUCGACAAGCUGAAACUACCGAAAACGAUGAGAGUCCGCACUCUCUUCCACGAGAAGCAUCAAUGCCGCAUUCUACCUGGGCACUCACCACGCACGAAGGAGGCGACUCGUCGAGACGUGGAGUGAAUGGUGAUGGCGGCGACGAUGUGCCUCCAAUUACCAUACCGCUAGGACAUCAGACGAGCACGAGCAAUCUAUUGACGCUCCCUCAGAUGCGUCCCUUGGUGGGUGAUUAUCCCGAGGACUUCAUCUUCCGGGUCGAGGAGAGCCGAUCACCAUCUGCGGCCAUGGAUUUUAUGACUGCGCCAGGGCUACAAGGCGAAGAGAAAGAUAUUGACAGAACAGUUACGGACGAUUAUCUUAGUAGCUUUCUUGCCUUGGUACACGCUUGCCACCCCAUCUUUGAUCGCGACGAUCUUCUCGCAAACUACGAAGCCGCCAUGAGAGAGGGUUUGGGCUCUGACGUCCGGUCGGGCGUGAUCCUCGCGGUUUUGGCCCUUGGCGCAACGGCUUCGGAUGCGAUUGAUAACGGGGACAAUGGGAAUACUGGUGAUGCUUGCAUGCAAAGAGCACUCCGAAUCCUCGUGCCGGCGUGGACCCUCUCGUUUAGUGGCAAUAUUCAGUUGACACAAGGGCUGAUUUUGUGUGCGCUGUACUUUACAUAUGUGGUGCAGCCGUUGACGGCGUGGAGGUUGAUCUAUAUGGCGUCGACAAGCAUUCAACAGCUCUUGAUUCGGUGCAAGGAUAUCUUGUCGGGCCAGGCUGAGAUUCAGGAAUUGACCCGGCUUAGCUGGAUAUCUUUUAUCAUUGAAAGUGAUCUGAUUGCAGAGUUUCACCAGCCAAGGAGCGGCAUUGAUGUCCUUGUUGAUCGUAUGCCCUUCCCCAACUACGGCACCAACCCGAAGCUUGAGCACCUUUGCGUUCUGGCCGAGAUAUCAGCUCGGUCUCUUCUCAACCGGAUGCAUCACGCCAUUUACUUUACAGACAGCCUUACGAUAUACGCGGGCCGCGCUCUCGACUCGCUCGCCUCUUCCCAGCAAUCUUCGCUGCAACCGGACGCAUCUCUACUGCGAGUUUGCAGCGAGCUUAAUUCUCAGCUCGAUAGAUGGUACGAAGGCCUACCGGUCGAUAUUAAACCUGACCUGUAUGAUCGCGCGCCAGGAAAUAGACAGGCGUGCAUAUUGCGUCUGCGAUACUGGUCUGCGAAGCAAUGUAUCUUCAGGCCGUUUGUGAUCCACGCCACGUCGUCGCAGUAUGAAAAGGAAGGCGUAGAAGUGCCCUUGGCAGUGGUAGCUCAGUGCAAGGUGUGCCUGGCAGCGUGCCGAGCUUUCCUCCACGGGGCGAUAUAUCUGCUUUCGGAGAGGACGCCCUACGCAUAUAGCUCACUGCAGUUCACUCUCAACUGUUUCUUGGUGCUUGCCCUGGCUGCAAACUCGCCACAUCUCGGUCAUCUUGCAGAAGAUAUUGAUUCGAACCACCAGAUAGUUGUCGAAGCUCUUGAACCUUGGGCGCGACCGGGAUCGAGCAUCGAACAUGCCCUAGAGAUUGCCAAUUCAGUUGCGAGGAAACUUCGUCUUCGCGAUGACCGGCGGAGGUUUUAA